UUUUCGCAUUUUUCCCCAACGAGAAAGCAGCGACUCACGGUUCUAAUGGCUUCGGAAGAGAGAAUUUCAUAUAUUCAAAUCUGGACCUGAGCACUCUGUAUUGCCAAAUUUUGAUACGCAUGAGGUCAGCAGAUCAGUUCCACCCGAGUUUGGUAUAUUCUCUCAUCAGAAGAUGAAGCAGUUCAUAGGAACAGAGAGGCCUUGGCUGAGUCUGUAUGGAAAAAGAGUAAGACCUGUUGCACCCUUUGGAAGUAUGAGCAGCAGGCCAUUUCAUGAUCCAGCCCUCAUACAUCGAUCUUUGCCAGAUGAGCUGAUAUAUGAGGUUUUUGCACGAGCUGAUCCAUACAGUUUAGGGAGGGCGGCGUGUGUUUGUCGUAAGUGGAGAUACACUAUUCGCAAUCCCAGUUUGUGGCAAAAUGCAUGUCUGAGAGCAUGGCAGUUGUCUGGAGCAUCAGAAAACUAUAAAAUAGUUACAUCCAUGUAUGAUUGUUCAUGGAGGAAAAUGUGGACUCAUAGACCAAGAGUUCGUUUCGAUGGUCUCUAUGUCAGUAGGAAUACUUAUGUUCGUGUUGGAGUCGCAGAGUGGAAAGUCACAAAUCCUGUUCAUUUGGUUUGUUACUACCGGUACAUCAGAUUUUAUCCCAAUGGGAGGUUGCUUUACAAGGUCUCCUCUCAAAGGGUUAAAGAGGCAGCAAAAUGCAUGCACCUUCGUGCUUCUAAGCCUGAUUGUGUGUACAAGGGUGAAUACAGAUUAGCUGAGGACCAGGUUGAAGCUGCUAUCUUAUAUCCAGGAGUCCGAUUGACUCUUCUGAGAAUUCGUGCGAGGGUUAGAGGGACAGUAGUUGGGGCAAACAAUCGAGUGGAUCUCUUGAGACUUGUUACAACUGGUGUGAAUGAAAGUGAAAUAAAAAACCAUAGUGGUGGUCUGCUUGGAUUUGUAGAAGGUUGGACUGAGGACGAGACACAUGACCCAGAUGUGCCUGCUAUUUCACAUAGCAGGGGUCUAUCACCCUGUGUUUUUGUUCCAUUCAACGAGGCAGACACAUCAGUUUUAAAUCUUCCAGUGGACAAGAUGGAUUACUACGUUCCUGGAUGAAAUCAGACACUGCAGCAUUGUGACUUUUGUUGUGUGAUGAUCUGCUUGCUCUUUGUUUAAUUUAUAGUUCUCAAGCACUUGAAAUUUCCUUUCCUUGAAGCUUUUGGAACAUCAAAACUCUGCUUGCUCUUCUCAUAUCCUGCUAGCCUAAACAGGAUUAAGCUUUGGGUUUUGUACUUCAUUUUUUGUCUGUACAGUUCUCCUUUACUUUGGAAACAGUUGUGUAUGUAAUAAGUUAGUGUUUGUAAUUUUUGGCUCUUGUGGUGUGUUCGAAUGUAAAAUUUAAUGCAUAUAACAGGUAGAACUGCUAAGGAGCUUGAUGUGCGAAUGUGUUGUAUAAUCUUGGUUUCUUCUUAUAAAUUUAUUGAGUCUUGAACGAUGGUUUUA